UUUCGUUUCUUGCUCAUCGUUUUCGCCCCCCAAGAAGGCGAAAGGCUUCCAUCUUUCUCCUCCUCCUCCUCCUCCUCCUCCUUCUUUUGUUGUCGUCGUCGUCGUCGUCUUUGUCGUGUCUUGUUCUUCAUUGCCUUUCUUCUUUCCUCCUUUCUUUUUGUCCGCUUGUGGUUCCGCCGGGGGGCUUGAACUGGUCCGAGAAGGACAGAGGACGCGCGAACUUUGUCCCGUCCGUUCAAGCCUCUUCGCCUCGUUUGCCGUGACCCGGUCGUGGAUGGGGAACGGAAUUCUUAGAUCGCGACGUGGACUGAGUUAAGCAGCGAGCGCGUCGUGGUUCCGAAAGGAUUCGAGGAUAUUUGUCGUCUUCCCUCCUCCUCCUCCUCCCGUUCUUUCUUGUUUUUUUUUUUUUUCCUUCUUUUUGUUCUGUUGGGGUCUGUGAUUCGGAGAGCGCGCGGCUUCGAGAGCUCUCGUCGUUCUUCCGCAUUGGGCUCGGACAGGGGCGAACCCCAGGAAGAAAGACGAGAACUCGAUUUUUGUGCCGGGCGAACAUGUCAACAAUGCUGGCUCGAAUAGGCCGACACCGACAGCGUUACGAGAACAACUUGCGGCUUGUUUCUGGAUGCAUUCCCUACCGCCUCACGAAAGGAAAUGACUGUCAGACCGAUAGCUCGGAAAGCAAAAUCGAAGUCCUUAUGAUCUCGUCACCAAAUCGUGACGAUCUAGUCUUUCCAAAGGGUGGAUGGGAGGAUGAUGAAACUCUUGAAGAAGCUGCAUGUCGUGAAGCUUUGGAGGAAGCGGGAGUAAAAGGAAAGCUCAGUGACACACCAUUGGGGGUUUGGGAAUUCCGAAGUAAGAGCAGCCAGGACAUGUGCGGUCUAGAAGGAGGCUGCAAAGGUUAUAUGUUUGCGUUGGAGGUCACUGAGGAGCUAGAGACGUGGCCAGAGCGCGAAAAUCGUGAUAGGAGAUGGCUAUGUGUAAAAGAAGCAUUUGAACUCUGCCGCUACGAGUGGAUGCGCAGAGCACUGGAGAAUUUCCUGAACAUGCUCGAAGAAAACUGGAAACAGAAAUUUGAGGCGAUCGAAGAGCUGAUUGAGUCCCCUUCCCCGACCGUCUCGGAUUGCCAAAUCAUCACGCCCAACUUGUGUAUAGAUCACCCUAAUAGUGCCCAACGCCACGGUAUGCCGUUCUCUUGGUUUGUCGCAGUAAAGGGCCUACCGUUGUCCUGAAUGAUGCUGCCACGUCUCUGGACUUGUAUUUAUUAAUUUGUGGGUUCUAAAUUAUUAGCUAACCUGCUCGGGUUCGGGUUUUAUUUGUGUAUUAGGUUCUCGUGUGUUUUCUAGAUCAUAGUGUGCCGAGUUAUAGUCCUUCCAAAUGUGAAAAGGAUUAAAGAGUUUGGGAAGGAAUAGACUGUUGGCACAUCUUUUUCUAGAUUAAUCAAGUUAAGUGUACAUUUCUUCAA